CUUCUCCUUCAAAUUCAGGCGCUCCCUAUCCCCGCUGCGCACUUUAGCUUCUACCAGUCCCAACACAUACACCUGUCGCCUGAUCCAAAGCCCCAUCCACUCUCCCACCAAAAAAAAGAAAAGGAGACACACCACUUCCUGAAAGUGAAGGGAAAACAAAAGAAAGUGAAAGAAAAAGAAAAAAGAGAAAGGAAAUGAAAAGAAAAAACAAGGUGCUCUGCUGGGUGGAGAUCAAGAGAACAGAAGAGAGUAGGAGUAGAAUUAGUGGUUAGUAGUAGACAAAGGAAUCCAUAGUCGGCGCUACUUGUCUUCGCCGACCAAUCAUCACGUCCCUUUCCUUCUUUUUUUUUUUUUACUUCCUACCACCCAAUCUUUUUCUCUCUCUAUAACCUUUUAUUAUUUUUAUUUUUUAGUAUUAUUUUCUCUCUAAAGAAAGAUUUCUCUUAUAAAACCCUAUUACCUCCUUUCCUUCCUCUUCUUGUUGUUUCUCUUUGAUUCUUUUUCUUUAUUUUUUUUUCGUUUUUGCUUUUUAUUUUUACUAUUUCGCAGACUUAUCGGUUCUUCCGGGUAUAUUUUUUCACAAAUCGGAAGAUGCCUCUGUUUUGAUUUCUGUUUUUUUGGUUAUCUGAUCUAGGGUUUUAUCCGUUCAAAAUUUUUUAAAUGUUUUGUUUUUGCGUUUUGUUUUCUGCUAAAUUAUAUAUAUAUUUUUUAAUUUAAUUGUCGACUAAUAUUGUGGAAUCAUGAGGGGAGCUACUGAGCAAUCGUCGUCUGUGGUGGUUGAGAGGGUUGAGGACGGUGGAGAUAAGGAUAAGGAGAAGAAGAAGAAUAAGCGCCGAUCUAAUCGUCGAUCUAAGCAGAACUCUCCUAAUCCAGCUUCUAUUUCAGUGAAUGAAACACGCGGGGAUUUGUCAAAUGCAUGUGGAAGUGGUGUCAAAACAAAAAGUUAUGCGUCAUCCAUGUGUUCUAUGUCAAGGCAACCAGAAUUAGAUGCUCAUGCUCUGUGUGAGCAUGGGCUGACUUCCGUGUCAAAUGUUGCUUUCAAUUCCAUGCCCACUAUGCAUAUAAAUGAGGAAGUGGAACACAUACUGCCAUCUGAUCUUGGUGGGCAAACAUUUUCAAAAUCAUGUGCUGAACCAAUUGCUGGUGGAGUUCCCCUUGGAAGAUGUAUGAACAAGGAUUUGCUUCCUUUCUAUCAUUUUGAUGAUAAUUCUCGAGGUAAAAUUUUUGCUCCACACUGGUCCAUGGAGGCUACUAAUGAGGCAGUAGAGAAAGAUGAUGCAUUUAAAGCAUUAUUUCGAGUAAAUGCCCACAAUAGACUUGAGGCAUACUGCAAGAUUGAGGGAGUUUUGACAGAUGUUCUCAUUAGUGGCAUUGCUGCACAGAAUAGAGCUGUGGAAGGGGACAUAGUGGUCAUCAAGGUUGAUCCAUUGCCACUCUGGACUAAGAUGAAAGGGUCAAAUGGACCACCUGUCAAUGUUUCUUUGGCAGAAGAUUGCAAUUUGGUUGUAGAAGCCAGUGAGACAGCUGAUGGUAACUGCAAGGGUAAAAGUAAAGUGGAUGUGGAUUACGAAUAUGCUGAGCCUGAAAGUUUCUCCAUUCCCCAGAAGGGAAUUCAUUAUGAUGAUAGUUCUUGUGCUGGUGAAGGAAUUCACCAGGAGCUGAAUGUUCCAGUGGACUAUAAUUUUGGUAAUGGGUAUCAUCCCUCUGCUUCAGAUUCUUCACAUUUUCGUUAUUCUUCUGGGCAGAGUGAAGUUAUGAAUGGUGUGGACAGGCUAUGUGCUAUGAUUAAUUCAUACCCAUUAAAACGACCAACUGGUAGAGUCGUUGCCAUCAUUGAAAGGUCCCUUCGUCGAGAUGCUAUUGUUGGUUUUUUAAAUGUUAAGCAGUGGUUUUACUACAGGGAAGGUUUUAAAAAAGAUGCAAAAGAGAACAAAAAUUCAUCAUCCAUCUCUGCUUGUGAAUAUAUUCAACUUACACCAACUGAUCCAAAAUUUCCCAAAAUGAUGGUACUUAUGCAAAGCUUGCCUGACUCUAUCAAGAAAAGAUUGGAGAGAGGAGACCCAACAAUUGAGAUGGAGCUGGUAGGUGCACAUAUUGAUAAUUGGGAUGAAGAAAGUCCUUUUCCAUAUGCCCGUGUAUCACACAUUUUUGGACGGGGUAGUGAAAUGGAGCCACAAAUCAAUGCAAUUUUAUUUGAGAAUGCAAUUUAUUUUUCUGAAUUUUAUUCUGAAUCUCUUUCUUGCUUGCCAAGCAAAGCUUGGGAAGUGCCAGCAGAGGAGCUUACAAUUAGAAGAGACCUUAGAAAUUUGUGCAUAUUUACCAUCGACCCUUCCACUGCUACUGACUUAGACGAUGCUCUUUCUGUUGAAAGGUUGCCCAAUGGCAGUGUCAGAGUUGGUGUUCACAUUGCUGAUGUGUCAUAUUUUGUGUUGCCUGAUACAGCCCUAGACAAAGAAGCUCAGAGUCGAUCAACAAGUGUCUAUAUGUUGCGUCGCAAAUUACCAAUGUUACCUCCCCUUCUUUCUGAGAAUCUGGGCUCACUUAACCCUGGAGAAGAUAGACUUGCAUUUUCUAUUUUCUGGGACUUGAACAGUGUUGGAGAGAUCUUGGAUCAUUGGAUAGGUCGCACUGUGAUACGAUCUUGUUGCAAGCUGUCAUAUGAACUUGCUCUGGAUAUGGUUGAUGGGAUGAUUAGUGAGGAGACCUGUGACACAUUAGGAAAUCGACUGCCUCUGUUGCAUGGUCCUUUUGAAUGGCCAGAUGUCAUUAGAUCUGUCAAAAUUCUUCAUGAAAUUUCAAAGACUUUGAGGCAGAAGAGGUUUAAUGAUGGGGCUCUACAGCUUGAAAGUUCCAAAAUUUUUUUUCUAUUUGAUGAAUAUGGAAUUCCAUAUGAUAGUAUGCUUUCUGAGCAGGAGGAGUCCAGUUUUCUAGUUGAGGAGUUCAUGCUUUUGGCAAAUAGGACAGCUGCUGAAGUUAUAUCUAGAGCUUUCCCAGAUAGUGCACUAUUGCGGAGGCAUCCUGAACCUAAUAUGCGGAAGCUUAGAGAGUUUGAAGCUUUUUGUUGCAAGCAUGGUCUAGAAUUGGACACUUCUUCUGGUCACUUCCAUCAGUCGUUGGAGCACAUCAGAGAAAAGCUGAAGGAUGACAGUGUGUUGUUCGAUAUUGUGAUGUCUUAUGCUUCAAGACCAAUGCAGUUGGCAACCUACUUUUGCAGUGGUGUUAUGAAAGAUAAUAUCAAUGAUUGGGGUCAUUAUGCACUGGCUAUUCCUUUCUACACACAUUUUACUUCACCCUUGCGUCGAUAUCCAGAUAUAGUUGUACAUCGGACAUUGGCUGCAGCUAUUGAAGCAGAGGAAUUGUAUACAAGAAGUAGAAAAAUAUCACAUAAAGUGAGAUUGGGAGAGGAACUGACAAGAUUUUUCACUGGUAUUUACUUUGAUAAAGAUGCAGCAGAAUCCUCAGAAGGCAGGGAAGCAUUAUCAGCUGCAGCAAUCAAACAUAGAGUUCCCUGCACUGAAUUACUUGCGGGUGUUGCUGCUUACAGUAAUGAUAGAAAGCUGGCUAGUAGGCAUGUUAAAGAUGCCUGUGAUAAGCUAUGCAUGUGGGUUUUGCUGAAGAAGAAAGAGUUUUUAUUGUCAGAUGCUAGAGUUUUGGGUCUGGGGCCCAGGUUUAUGACCAUUUAUAUCCAAAAACUAGCUAUCGAACGAAGGAUAUAUUAUGAGGAAGUUGAAGGCUUGACAGUGGAAUGGCUUGAGGCUACAUCAACAUUGGUGCUAAAUUUGUGUGCCUACAAACGCACAUUUAAAAGGGCUAGCCCUGGUAAUUACAGAGCACUUAAUGAGGUUGCAUGGGUCAUAAGUCCAUGUAACCUGAAUGCGGAAGCUGGCAGAGUUGGAAGGUUUGCGAAUGAGUGCAAUGCCACACCUUCAGGCAAGAAUGGUUUGGCAUCCCAGCAUGUAGAUCCUGUUUCAGAGUCUGAGAUUGAGCCUGUUGUUUUCCCCCUCACUGUCCGUCUCCUUUCAACAAUUCCUGUUGCACUUCAUGCAGUUGGCGGGGAUGAUGGACCCAUUGAUAUUGGGGUGAGGCUAUAUGUGAGCUCAUAUUUUAGCUAAAUCAUGGCACGUGAGCUUACAUUGGGAACCGUGAGUCCUAAGUUCUGCAAGUGAAUGAGCUCAUGGAGAUGAAGCCUAACAGAGCUGGUAAAGGUCUGUUGUAGAUAAGGAUUUAGUGCAUAGUAGAAAUAGUCAGAUAAAGAAAAUCUGUGGUUUGGAAUCGCGGAUAUUUUCCCAAGUCUGGAAGGUGUAGAUAUUGACGGGCCUUGUAGUUUUGGUGGCUGUUUUUAACGAAAGCUGCUGAAUGGAGUUGGCCCUUGUUUUUGUAAGGCCGGUUCCAUAGAUUAUAAAAAAAUUGGGCAGGGUUCGGAGCGAAUUUUUAUGAUUAUUAUUUCUCUUGUAAUUUGAAUUAGUGCAGCUGCGGCCCAAUAAGUUUUAAUUUUGGGUGGCUGAGUUGCUCUUUUCUUAUGGACAAGAUGCAUCGGAAAGUAUUCUUCUGUCAAAAUCGAUUAACAAGGCUUUUUUGUUUAGCGGGAAAGAAAUGAUAAAACCAUUACUUGAA